CUGGUCAGGAGGGCCCUGAAUGCCCAGUCUGAGCUUGUAAACAAGUGCUUGCGCUAAUAGGCGUGCGUCAGUGAGCAGGGAUAAUAUUGUGGCAGGCGAUAUUCUUGGAAACCAUGAUUGUAAGAUUCAACCGGCUGAAGAGAGGCCUCUUCCUUCUAGGGACGUUCUUUAUGGUGUCCCGUCUUGUGCUCUCUGAGGAGGUGGGUCCUGCAGAGAAAGAAGUCACGUUCAGUCAUGUCUACAGGAUUGAUUCUGGUUGUAAGCAGGGUUCUCAGGUGGCUCAGCUUUCCCAGGACCAGGCCUCAGAAGGACAGUUAGUCACAAUGGAUGGAGAGAAUGACAUUGUCUUCAAGCACAACAUACGUCUGCAGUCGGCUGGUUGUGGAUGUGCAGAUUCCGAAGACUUCAAAGCCCUGCUGUACCGUGUAAAUGGCCUGGAGGAGGAAGUCACCUACCUAAAGAGCCAAUGCGCUCAGGGCUGCUGCAGAGGAGGGUCAGGUGUGGACACUAGCUGCAGUGGACAUGGCACAUACCAGCAGGACUCUUGCAGUUGUAAGUGUAACCCAGGCUGGGAGGGUCCAGACUGCUCCAUCUCAUCCUGCCCUGACGAAUGCAAUGAUAAUGGCCGCUGUGUUGACGGACGCUGCGUCUGCUAUGAAGGCUACACCGGCCAUGACUGCAGCCAGCUCACAUGCCCUAACGACUGCAAAGACAAAGGCCACUGUGUGGAUGGCAAAUGCGUGUGCUUUAGUGGAUUCUCAGGAGAAGACUGCAGUAUCGCCACCUGUCCUAAUGACUGCAUAGGAAAUGGACGCUGCGUGGAUGGACAGUGCAUCUGCGAUGAGGGAUUCUUUGGAAUCGACUGCUCCAUGGUUCUAGGACCAAAAGGCCUCCGUCUGAUCAAAGUCACAGAUGUAUCUCUGCUGGUGGAGUGGGAGUCUGUGAGAGGAGCCGAGUACUACAUCCUGUCCUACUAUCCAAAGGGAGACGAGGGAGCCAUUAAAGAGGUUCAGGUGGAAAACACGAAAAACUCCUACCUGAUCACAGGCCUCGGAGCUGGAGUCACAUACAUAGUGCAGGUGUACGCUGUCAUCAGGGGCAUUAACAGUGAAUCUGAUGAGAUAGUGGCUACGACUGAGGUCUCUGGUGUUGAAGGAAUCAAGGUGCUGGGCCAGACAGAGGACUCUAUCCAGGUGGACUGGAAGAACCCUGCAAUUGCCGUGGACUACUUCAAAUUGACCAAUGCUAGCCCUGAUGGUCAGGGAGGACAGGAGAACGUGGCAAUGAGCCAAGAGGCCAGAACCAAGCACACCAUUGUAGGCCUCAACCCAGGAACAGAAUAUCAGAUAGGCGUGCAAGCAAUCAAAGGUGAAAUGGAAGGCAAGCCAUCGUAUGCCACAGGGGUCACAGACAUUGAUGCCCCAACCAAUCUGGCAACCAGGGAGGUGACGGAGAACUCUGCAACUGUGACGUGGGAUGGUGUUCGUGGUGAGAUCGAUGGCUACAUGCUGACUUACAGCUCUGCAGAGGGCACCAGUCGAGAAAUUAAAGUGGGCGCGGACGCUACUUCUCACCAGCUGACCUCUCUGAAACCAGGAGUCCUGUACACAGUUUUCCUCUGGGCCUAUAAGGGCUCUCGUUCCAGUAGGAAGAGCAUGACCGAGGCCGAGACGGAUAUAGAUGCUCCUACUAACCUCAUGACCAAGGAGGUGACAGAGGACUCGGCAUUGGUGACGUGGGACAAGGUGCAGGCUGACAUUGAUGGCUACAUGCUGAGCUACAGCUCUAUAGAUGGCUCCGGUCAGGAGGUUCGAGUAGGAGCUGACAGCACCUCCUACAGGUUCACUGCUCUGAAGCCUGGAGUUCUCUACACAGUCUACGUCUGGGCUGUGAAAGGCUCUCGCUCAAGCAGAAAAGCCACAACUGAGGCUGAGACAGAGAUCGAUGCUCCAAAGAAUCUCAAAGCCAUUGAUGUCCAGACUCAAACCUCCACUAUAACAUGGAAAGCUCCUCAGGCUAAUAUUGAUGGCUACAUCCUGACCUACAGGGCUGAAGAUGGCAGCAUGCAGACUGUGGAAAAAACUUUGACGGCGCAGGAGAACAGAUUUGCUCUCUCUGACCUUGCAAUGGGGAAAAAGUACAUUGUCACCCUUAUUGCCUACAGGGGCACGAAGAGGAGUAGGGUAGUGGAGACGAGCUUUAGCACAGUGGGUCUGGCCUACCCGUUCCCAAUGGACUGCACUCAGAUUAUGAGAAAUGGAAACAUGGAGAGUGGCGUCUACACAAUCUACGUCAACAGCAACCGUAGCAGAACCAUGCAGGUGUAUUGUGACAUGACAACUGAUGGCGGCGGCUGGAUCGUGUUCCAGAGACGAAACACCGGCAAAUUUGAUUUUAUGAGGCGCUGGAGAGAGUAUAUGAAAGGCUUUGGAGAACUGACAGAUGAAUUUUGGCUCGGCUUGGAGAAGAUCCAUGAACUAACUAAUACUCCUACACAAUAUGAAGUGCGUUUCGAUCUGGGCUUGGGAUCAGAGCGGACAUAUGCUGUCUACAAUAACUUCAAAUUAGCACCAUCCAAACAGAAGUUUAAACUUACCAUCGGCAACUACAAAGGAAAUGCCGGUGAUGCCAUGACCUACCACCAGGGAGGGUCUUUCUCCACGGUGGAUUCAGACAAUGACAUUGCGCUUGGUAACUGUGCUCUGACUCACCAAGGUGCCUGGUGGUACAAGAACUGCCACCUGGCCAAUCUGAACGGCAGAUUUGGGGACAACAGACACAGUAUGGGAGUAAACUGGGAGCCAUGGAAGGGGCAUCUCCAGUCUCUCGACUUUGCAGAAAUUAAGAUCCGGCCAGUGGGAGCAGCGGGCAGACAGAAAAGGUCAUUGAAAAGGAGAGUAGCUGUGUAUUAACAAUCACUUUACAAAAAAAUUUUACAAUAAAAUCCAAAAUGUAUGAGAAUGGGAUCCAACCAGGUUGGAAUAGUUCUUCAUAUCAGGAAAGCCACUCUAUGCUGUAGAUUAUACGCUGUGUAACUGUAUUUUGUAACAUUAUACAAAAGUCAGGUUUCAAAUAGACUAUGCUAUACUUCUUUUGAUUUAGAAUAUAUGCACAAUGUAUAUGAAAGAAAUCCAAAAGCAGACCAAAAUUUGUAGCAUGACUGACAUCACAGUGCCAUUCCUAACUCAAAGGGUGUAUUUCAUACAUUUAAGUGAAGGUAUA